CUAAUAAUCAUUCUUUUAAAAAUCAAAUAAUAGUUUGGUUAUUAUUACUUUGCAUUAAGUACUGGCUGAAAUAUUAUACGUUUACAACACGAAUGUGGCGAUUCACAAAGUAGAUUUUAUGGACCUUCCAAUGCAUGUUCCCAAGUAGUUCACUGUUGACGUCAUAUACAGCUAUUAUAUUCGUUAUCUUGAAGAACAAUAAUAUAGCUAAUUUUAUAAAAUAAAAUAUGACACCAGUAAUAAAAUGGGUGUUUGUACUUGUUUUGGUGGCUAUCGCAGUCGUAACAGUCAUACAAAUUAUGAUCAAUCAUACAAUGGAAUUGGAAAGGAUUCCAGAAGACCAAAAGCUCACGGAAGUAACAUCAGCAGGUUAUUUAAUGGCCCCCUACAAUUCGAGUCUAAUGGCAGUUAAACCGUGAGAAUCUACACAUCGCUUAUCCCCGUGCAUUCGCCCGCAGCAAUACUAUAUUAAUCUGUACCCAAAUCUUGAACAAGGUUCAUUUGUUGGUUCUGUUGAUAUAACAAUAAUGUUGGAUACUCCUCAAAGUUACAUUAAGCUACAUUCAAAAGGAUUGAAUAUCAAAGAAACUAAACUCAAUUCUAGUUUAGUAACAGCGUUUUCAUAUCCAGAACAUGAAUUUUGGGUUGUGGUACCUAAUGAAGAACUAAGUGCUGGAGAAUACAAUUUACAAAUAUCAUUUGAAGGUAGUUUAUUGAACAAAAUAAUUGGAUUUUAUCGAAGCGCUUAUGAAGAUUCAACCAGUCAUGAACAGCAUUAUAUUGCUGCAUCAAAAUUUGAACCAACUUAUGCGCGAUUAGCGUUCCCGUGUUUCGAUGAGCCUCAGUUGAAAUCAAAAUUUAAAAUUAGUUUAACACGACCAUCUGGUAAUAACUAUAUAGCAUUAUCCAAUAUGAACAAAGAGUCUGAAGAGCUCAAUGUCCCUACAAAUGGAUUGACUACAGUCCAUUUUGCUAACACUGUCCCAAUGUCUACGUAUCUUGUUUGUUUUAUUGUAUGCGAUUUUCAAUCACUUGAACCUGUCAAAACAGAUCAAGGAUUUCCGUUAACAGUUUAUGCCAGAAGUGGUCAAUCCGAAAAUAUGAAAUAUGCUCAACAUGUAGGUAUCAAGGCAAUUAAUUAUUUCGUAAAUUAUUUUGGCAUUCAAUACCCAUUACCAAAACUAGAUUUAAUACCGAUCCCAGAUUUUGUUUCUGGAGCAAUGGAGCAUUGGGGUCUUGUGACUUUUCGUGAAACGAAUGUUUUGUAUAAUGAAUUCAUUAGUUCUAGUGCAGACCAAGAGGAAGUCGCUUAUACUGUUGCUCACGAAUUAGCUCAUAUGUGGUUUGGAAAUCUCGCUACUAUGAAAUGGUGGAAUGAUUUAUGGCUUAACGAAGGGUUUGCUACUUAUAUGGAAUCAAAAGCUAUGCAAGUUGUCUAUCCUGAUUGGGAUGUUGACACAUUAUUUCUACUUCAUAGUCUCCAUUCGGUACAAUAUCUAGAUAGUAAACUUAGUUCUCAUGCUAUAGUGCAAGAUGUUUCUCAUCCAGAUCAAAUGACCGAAAUUUUUGAUGUCAUAUCAUAUGAUAAAGGUUCUUCUGUAAUACGAAUGCUAGAAGUAUUGUUGGGUGAAGAGGUAUUCAGAAUUGGCGUAAGCGCAUAUUUAAAACGAUUUGUAUUCAACAAUGCUGAAACUGAUGAAUUAUGGACAGAAUUACAAACGGCGACUCAAAAUACAGUAAAUGUUAAAAAAUUUAUGGAUACAUGGACACGUCAAGCAGGGUUCCCAGUAGUAUCGGCUAUACGGAAUGGAACUAAACUUACUUUAAAGCAGCAACGAUUUUUGUCCGACUCCAAUACUAAUUCUUUAACUAACUCAUCUACAUAUAAUUACAAAUGGGAAAUACCAAUCUCUUAUAUCACUUCAAACAAUAAUACUGUUUAUAAGUUUUGGUUAGCUAAAGACGAAGAUUCAAUUACGAUUGACAUACCUGAUGCUGAAUGGAUAAAACUAAAUCAUAGACAAGUUGGAUAUUACAUUAUAAACUAUUCUGAUAGAGAUUGGUGUUUACUUAACAAUUUAUUAGAAAAAAAUGUUGAUGCCUUAAGUGCGACUGACCGUUCAAAUCUUAUUCACGAUGCCUUCAGUUUGGUAAAUGCUAAUUACUUACCAUAUGGAAUUGCGUUAAAUAUAACAAAAUAUUUAUCUUUGGAACAUCAUUACGUUCCUUGGGACGUAGCUGCUACUAACUUAAAAACAUUAAGUCAAAAUUUAUAUCAACGUUCAGCACAUAAAAACCUCGAAAAAUAUGUACAAAAUUUAUUGGGAAGUAAAAAAGAUGAUUUUUGGAAUGAUUCAAGUGAUAGAAACUUCUUACAACGUAAGCUUCGAGGAGUUAUUCUUAAAUUAGGAUGUUUAUAUAGUUUACCAAGCUAUCAAAGAAAAGCAUAUGAAUUAUUCAAACGAUUUUUGGAUAAUAAAGUCAAACCACAUGCAGAUAUUAAAUACACAGUUUAUUACUAUGGAAUGUCCCAAGGCAAUGGCAGUGAAUGGAAUAGAUUGUGGGACUUAUAUUUAAAUGAACAAGAACCUCAGGAAAAAGACAAACUUAUGGAUGCAUUGACAGCCUCAAAAGAAAUAUCAAUAUUAAAUAGACUUUUGCAAUAUGCAAAAAAUGAGAGCCACGUUCGUUCCCAAGAUUAUUUCUUUAUUAUAUCCCAGAUAAGCCGUAAUCCUGUUGGAACUCAAUUAAUAUGGGACUUUUUGAGAAAUGAAUGGCAGUACUUGGUUGAUCGUUUUUCUCUGAAUGAUCGGCAACUUGGAAGACUCAUUCCUUCAGUUUGUUCUCGUUUCAAUACACAUGAACGUAUCAGAGAAAUGAAAAUAUUUUUUGAUGAAUAUCCAGAAUCUGGAGCUGGAAAAUCAGGCCGAAAAACUGCACUAGAAGUUGUAUUUAAUAACAUUAAAUGGUUAGAAAAUCACGAAGCUGUUAUUAGUAAUUGGUUGAUAAAUUCCAUCCAGCUUUAAAUAUUGAUCGGUUUCACUGUCAAUAUUUUAUUUUACAGGGUUGUAUUAAUUAUUAUUACAAUUUAAAAAUAUAUCGUUCCUUUUUGUUGGAUAGAAUUAAUUUCAUUUUUCACUGUGCCUAAACACUAUUAUACCUUGUUAUUUUUUUAUUUGGGUGUCACUCACUACUGCACAAAUGUUCAAAAUAGGUAUAGGAAAAACCCGUACUAUAGCCCAGUAAUUUCUGGUACUCAGAUCCAGGAGGCUCACAUUUUUUUUCUUAUGAUUUUCGUGAAUUCUUGAUUUACUUU